UCACAACCUCCUACGAUAACUCAGCAAUCUCCAAAAGAUUACAUUGUUGACCCUCGAGAGAAUAUUGUAAUACAGUGUGAAGCCAAAGGAAAGCCACCUCCUAGCUUCUCCUGGACGCGCAAUGGAACUCAUUUUGAUAUAGAUAAAGAUGCACAGGUAACAAUGAAACCAAAUUCAGGGACUCUUGUCAUAAAUAUUAUGAAUGGUGGGAAGGCAGAAGCAUAUGAAGGAGUUUACCAGUGUACAGCGAGGAAUGAACGAGGAGCAGCCAUUUCCAACAAUAUCGUUAUAAGGCCUUCUAGAUCGCCUUUGUGGACAAAAGAGAAACUAGAACCAAAUCAUGUUCGCGAAGGUGAUUCACUAGUACUGCACUGCAGACCUCCUGUUGGCUUACCACCACCUAUCAUAUUUUGGAUGGAUAAUGCUUUCCAAAGGCUGCCUCAAAGCGAAAGAGUUUCCCAAGGUCUAAAUGGAGAUCUUUAUUUUUCUAAUGUACAACCAGAAGACAGCCGGGAGGACUAUAUCUGCUACGCAAGAUUUAAUCAUACGCAAACUAUACAGCAGAAACAACCCAUAUCUGUAAAAGUCUUUUCAAUGGAUUCAUUGAAUGACACUAUAGCUGCUAAUUUGAGUGACACUGAUAUUUAUGGUGCAAAGCCAGUUACAGAGAGGCAGCCAGUCCUUCUAACACCAACAGGUAGCACAAGUACCAAAGUGGAACUCAGAGGAAAUGUGCUUUUGUUGGAGUGCAUCGCAGCAGGAUUGCCCACACCGGUAAUCCGCUGGAUCAAAGAGGGCGGGGAACUGCCAGCUAACAGAACAUUUUUUGAAAACUUUAAGAAAACUCUCAAGAUUAUAGAUGUUUCAGAAGCUGACUCUGGGAACUACAAAUGUAUAGCAAGAAAUACAUUAGGUUCAGCUCAUCAUGUCAUUUCAGUAACUGUGAAAGCUGCUCCAUACUGGAUAACAGCACCCAGAAACUUGGUCUUGUCUCCUGGAGAAGAUGGAACAUUGAUCUGCAGAGCUAAUGGCAACCCAAAGCCUAGUAUAAGCUGGUUAGCAAAUGGUGUUCCCAUAGCAAUUGCCCCAGAAGAUCCUAGCAGAAAGGUGGAUGGUGACACCAUUAUUUUCUCACACGUGCAAGAAAGGUCAAGUGCCGUCUAUCAGUGCAAUGCUUCUAAUGAAUACGGAUACUUGCUAUCAAAUGCAUUUGUGAAUGUUCUGGCUGAGCCACCAAGAAUUCUAACUCCUGCUAAUAAACUGUAUCAAGUCAUUGCAGACAGUCCUGCAUUGCUAGACUGUGCUUAUUUUGGGUCACCUAAGCCUGAAAUUGAAUGGUUUAAGGGAGUGAAGGGUAGCAUCUUGCGUGGAAAUGAGUACGUUUUCCAUGAUAAUGGAACCUUGGAAAUUCCAGUGGCUCAGAAGAAUAGUGCUGGUACAUACACAUGUGUAGCAAGGAAUGAAUUAGGAAAGAUACAAAAUGAGGUGCAGUUGGAAAUUAAAGAUCCAACAAUGAUCAUUAAACAGCCAGAGUACAAAGUGAUUCAGAGAUAUGGCCAGGUUUCUUUUGAGUGUAUAAUAAAACAUGAUUCUACCUUGCUACCAACAGUUACGUGGUUGAAGGACAAUGAUGAACUGCCAGAUGAUGAUAGGUUUCUAGUUGGUAAAGACAACUUGACCAUUAUGAAUGUAACUGAUAAAGAUGAUGGAACAUACACUUGCAUAGUUAAUACUACUCUGGACAGUGUUUCAGCAAGUGCUGUGCUCACUGUUGUUGCUGCUCCCCCAACACCAGCUAUCAUUUACGCUCGGCCAAAUCCACCCUUUGACUUGGAAUUGACAGGUCAGCUAGAAAGAAGCAUUGAUCUCUCAUGGAUACCAGGAGAUGAAAACAACAGUCCCAUUACAAACUUUGUAAUUGAAUAUGAAGAUGCGCUGCAUGAACCGGGAGUAUGGCAUUACCAGACGGAAGUCCCUGGCACUCAGACAACGGUGCAGUUGAAGUUGUCUCCGUAUGUCAACUACUCAUUCCGUGUGAUAGCCGUCAAUAAGAUUGGCAGGAGUCAGCCCAGUGAGCCAUCUGAGCAGUACCUGACAAAAUCUGCAAGCCCUGAUGAAAAUCCUGCAAAUGUACAGGGGAUAGGCUCAGAACCUGAUAAUUUGGUAAUAACAUGGGAGCCUUUAAAAGGUUUUCAGUCUAACGGACCAGGGCUUCAGUACAAAGUCAGCUGGCGCCAGAAAGAUGUUGAUGAUGAAUGGACAUCUGUUAUAGUUGCAAAUGUAUCUAAAUAUAUUGUGUCUGGUACACCAACUUUUGUUCCAUAUGAAAUAAAAGUGCAAGCUUUAAAUGACUUGGGGUAUGCACCAGAGCCAUCAGAGGUGAUUGGACAUUCAGGGGAAGACUUGCCAAUGGUUGCUCCAGGCAAUGUGCAGGUUCAUGUUAUUAACAGCACACUAGCAAAGGUGCACUGGGACCCAGUUCCACUGAAAACUGUCCGAGGACACCUUCAAGGGUAUAAAGUUUACUACUGGAAAGUGCAGAGUCUAUCCAGAAGGAGUAGACGACACGUAGAAAAAAAGAUCUUGACUUUCAGGGGAAACAAGACUUUUGGAAUGUUACCAGGGCUAGAGCCCUAUAGUUCUUACAAGCUGAACGUUAGAGUUGUUAACGGUAAAGGAGAAGGACCAGCAAGCCCAGACAAAGUAUUUAAGACCCCUGAAGGAGUUCCUAGCUCACCUUCAUUUCUGAAGAUUACUAACCCAACACUGGACUCACUGACUCUGGAGUGGGGUUCACCCACCCAUCCAAAUGGUGUUUUGACAUCCUAUACACUGAAGUUUCAACCAAUCAACAACACACAUGAAUUGGGUCCCUUGGUAGAGAUAAGAAUUCCUGCCAAUGAGAGCAGCUUGAUAUUAAAAAAUUUAAAUUACAGCACCCGGUACAAGUUUUACUUCAAUGCACAAACUUCAGUUGGAUCAGGAAGUCAGAUAACUGAGGAAGCAGUUACAAUUAUGGAUGAAGGUAAGAUGGCUGGUAUUCUCCGUCCUGCUGUAGGUGCAGGCAAAGUUCAACCACUUUAUCCAAGGAUCAGAAAUGUUACAACAGCUGCUGCUGAGACCUAUGCCAAUAUAAGUUGGGAGUAUGAGGGACCAGAUCAUGCGAACUUUUAUGUUGAAUAUGGUGUAGCAGGCAGCAAAGAAGAUUGGAAAAAAGAAAUUGUAAAUGGUUCUCGAAGCUUCUUUGUCUUAAAGGGUUUAACACCAGGAACAGCAUAUAAAGUCCGGGUUGGUGCUGAGGGCCUGUCUGGUUUUAGGAGUUCAGAGGAUGUGUUUGAGACAGGUCCAGCAAUGGCAAGUCGGCAAGUAGACAUCGCUACUCAAGGAUGGUUCAUUGGUCUUAUGUGUGCUGUUGCUCUUCUGAUCUUGAUUUUACUGAUUGUUUGCUUCAUAAGGAGGAAUAAGGGUGGCAAGUAUCCAGUGAAGGAAAAAGAGGAUGCACAUGCUGAUCCAGAAAUACAACCUAUGAAGGAAGAUGAUGGAACGUUUGGUGAAUACAGCGAUGCAGAGGACCAUAAACCUCUAAAAAAAGGAAGCCGGACACCUUCAGACAGAACUGUGAAAAAAGAAGACAGUGAUGAUAGUUUAGUUGACUAUGGAGAAGGUGUAAAUGGUCAGUUCAAUGAGGAUGGCUCCUUUAUUGGACAAUAUAGUGGUAAAAAAGAGAAAGAACCUGCAGAAGGAAAUGAAAGCUCUGAGGCUCCUUCUCCUGUAAAUGCCAUGAAUUCAUUUGUGUAACCACAGAACUCGAUCCCCUUGUAUCUUCAGUUUGCUUAAAGCACUUGUGCAUCCUCCUUCUCAUACUAUGAACACACAGGUAAUGGAGCUCCUCACCACCAGAAGUUAAUGCUAUGAGAAUAUGCAGGUUAAUAUCAGUAUACAGCAUAAUGACACAGUAAGUGGUAUGUUACUAUGAAUCAAAAUAGAAAAUUCAAAUUUUGUUCAAAACUUGGCUAUUUUGACUUUUUUUUUUUAAAGGAACUGACACAAACAGUAACAGCAACUUGUAAUUUUGUUUCCUGUUGAAAAUACAAUAUAAUGCAUGGAAAAAAAACCCCUACACAACUCACAGGAAAUCUUGUGUACACUAUAAAAACAUGGUUUGACAAUUUGUUAUGCAGUCCUCAGCUGAAUCCCUGGAUAUGAAUUCCGUUCUCAUUGUCAGAGUGUUAUAGUAGUAUUAUAUAGAACUUCAAUGUCUUUGUGGACAUUGUUGUGAAAUUGGUGACUUAAUGUCUAGCUAUCAUAUGUCUUUUUGUAAGACAGUUAGGAACAGUAUGUACAGUAUAUAAUUGCUAAAUGAUUUAAGUAUGACACUUGCAUUUGCUGAAGCUUAAUGAGACCCUAUUAUCUGCUCUCUGCUCCUAUUACUUUAUAACCUUUUUAAGCUACCAAGUAUUGCAGCAGUACAGUAUUCUAUUUUUACAUCAAAACACAUUGAAUUGAUUUUAGGGCAUAAAAAUAUGCAUUGCAAUGCAUUUUGGAAUUUGUACAGUCACUGAAAGAAAAACUUUAAAAAUGAGGGAAAAUAUUCUGGAAAACACAGGGCAAAGUACAUUCAGUGCCUUUAUACAAUAUGCAUUCCAUAAUGCGCUGUACUACUAAAGCAGUUGGUGCAGUAAACUGUGAUUAGCAGACUACUGUCAUUGCCAAAUAAAGGAAAAAUGUGAAGAAAAAGAAGUGUUAUGAAACUGUUGUGCUAAAAAUGGAAAGUUUAAAAUAUUUUAAACUACAUAAAGAGGAGUAUGAUUUUUUUCCCUUUACAAAAAGCUUUCUACAAAGUUACAGCACAACAUGUUUUCAUGGCCUUAGAAUACUUAAAACAAAAAUGAAAACAAACAAACAAAAAUCCCAAACCACAACCAGAAUUAAAUUAUUUACUAACACAGCAAGGUACAAGCUCUUGUAAAAUAAAUCAUUAAAAACCCAAACCAGCUGACUCCAUUGGUGAGAGCACAUUUCUCUCUGUGUCCCAGUCUGAUCAGUGUGGCAGCUUUGUAAUUAUCUCCAGCCUGAAGCAGUGUGGGGGUUACUGCUCAGAACCACAGCAUUCCAUCUGACAAGUGCUAAUAGGGUUUAUUGGUAAAGGAUUACCCUUAUCGGUUAAAAAAUUAUUUUCUCGCAUACUAUAUCAAUCAAAUGUUGACCUCCAAAUAUAAAUUUUUAUAACAACCUAUGGUUGAAGGAAUGCUCAGUUUCAUUUGCCAAUAAAUUGGUUUUUCAUAACUUGCAUCAAGUUUAAUUUUAAGUAAGCUUUUUAUAUGUAGAUAUUUUGUUGAAUUUGUAAAUACACUUAAAGCGUAGAUGCUAUAUGCUUCUAGGUGUUACAGACAAAUAAACCAAGAAAGCUUAUGUUGUACUGUGUAAGAAGUACUAUAGCCAAUGGUGUGCAUGGUAUUUUAAAGCAUCUACUUCAUUCUUUUUGUUUGUUUUUGCUGUGAGAACAAAAUAGUGAUCUGCUCAUUUAUUACAGUUUCCAACUAAACCAUUCAGAGCUUUUGCCAGUGCACUACAUUAGCCCACAGGACACCUUGCAGCUUUCAUGUAUAUAUUGUAGGUAAAGCACAACUGAAGUAAUUCCAAAUGUAACCCAGCUGUAAUAAGCUUCUUUCGCACCUUUGAGCUUUCCAUUGGUCAGUUUUUUUAAUGGGAACCGAAAUACGAAAUGAAUUAUACGAACAUUGAUUACAAAGCACAAAGAGAACAUUUCUUAACAGGAUUUGCCAAUGGUUUUAGUAAAAAUUAAAUAUCAUUUUACUCUUAUUUAAUUGUAGAUGCUGAAUUAUCUGUGCAUGUGGGGGUAAACA